GCACUUCUAUUCCCACGUGUGUUAUUCUGACAGUUCUAGCUUAAGUGUUUAUUUUCUUCCUGAUCGUUCAGGUUUUUAAAUAUUAAUUGUUUGGAACUAUGAGUCGGAAACAAAAUAAUUAUCGCCGUGGAGCAGGUAAUAAUGGCCAUCGACGGUUUGGUGGUACAGGGUCGUUAGGUAACUAUAACAGAAAAGGGACACAUCAUGAUGGACGGGAUGAAAACCGACGUUCCGGAAACUGGGCAGGCGUGAAUUGGUCUUACGAUGGCAAUGGCAACCACAACAACCAUAACAAUAACUUUAAUUCUGGUAUUCCUCCGAUAAAUAAUCAGGAAGAUAGUUUUCAAAAGUUUCGAGACCCACAUGCAGAACAUAAUAUGCGACCUCAACAUGAUUCACAAGAUCGCAAUGGUCGUGGUCGUAAUCAUGGCAAACGUGGUGGAAAGUCACAUUACGGCAAUGAUAAUUGUAAUAAUGGUGCUAAUUGGUAUGAAGAUAGAAGAAAUGCUCCACUACAACAAACAGACGAGCAAAAUCUAGGCUAUUCAUCGUCGUCAGUUUUGCAAAUACCAGCAAUAAGUAAUUUACAACAAACCAACCAUAUAUCAACAGUUACAGCUUCUCCCACUGUUUCCACAACUUUAAAACUCCCUAAUCAAGAGGAAGUGUCAAAAGAAACUAAUUUGGAAAACCAAACGCAUAUAAUAAAGAAUAUAAAGCAAGAAAAACCUGAUAUGAAAGAGGAUAAUCGUAUUAAACAAUUAAAAAAAUCCGCAAGUUCUUCUAGUUCUUCUUCUGAAUCCUCUGAAAGUGAAAAUGAGGCUGAAAAAAAUAAACAAGAGCCAAAUCCAGUUAAAAGUAAAACCAUAAAAGUAAAACAAGAACCACUAGCUAAACAAACACAGAAAAUAACUACAGCCCCAUCAAGUUCUUCCAGUUCUUCUUCCUCCUCUUCUUCUUCUUCGGAAGAAGAUGAUGCGAUAAGUGAUAAAACAAGCCACAAGUCUAAUACGGUCUUGGAGAAAGGACCUAAAGCUUCAAAAAAAUCAAAUAAGAAGCACUCAUCUGAAGAGGACUUAAUAUGCCUUGGAAAAUUAGAAAAAAAAUUUGUUAUUGAAGAUGAUGUUUCAGAAGAGGCCGAGGAACCAAGACAAAAUAGUUCUGGAACGUCAAAGAGUCAAUGCUUGAUAUGUGAUAAACAGGGUCACACUGCCUUCGAAUGUCAAAUGAUUUGCAAAAACUGCUCGGCGCCGUAUCACAAUAUGAAAAGUUGUCCUAAACAAGCAAACCUCAGUACUAUGCUUCAAUCCUUUAUGGAGUUCUGUAUGGGUCAAAUGAGUCAGUUCAACCCGGAAAAGAAAUUCGUCAUACCCACAAAUAUUAGCGUUAUCGACAGUCCGUCGACGAAAAACAAUGCACUGUUAACAAGUACUGAACAAAAUAAAAAGGCCAAAAAACCGCGGACAAAAUCAAAAGAUUCGGUAAAGAAGUCAAUAAAGCGUAAACACAAACAAGCAUCUAGUGAUGAUGAAGAAGAAGAUGAUGAUGAAGAGUCUAAAACAGAGGAGGAAACAUCUGAAUCGGAAUCAGAAAGUGAUUCAACCGAAGAAGUAACAGCUUCAAAAGCCAAAAAAAGGCGCACGAAAGUGUCUACACCGAAGAAAACUCCUAACUUCCAUAAUACAUUUGUUCCACCAUUCUCAUCGUUCCCUGCUUUUGGUGCAGCUGCUGCUGCUUACAACCCACUACUCUUAAGCCAACUUAUGAAUAGCGGUGGUUUUGGUGGUCCCGAAAAGCUGAAUUUUCAAUAACUUAUAGAUGAUUAUGUAAUGACAAUAUUCACCUCACCACGGUGAUUAUAUCAUUAACUUUUUAACAUAUAUUAUUAUUAGUCAUUUUUUUAAUGACAUUACAGAUUUAUAUAAAUAUAUCGAUUUAAAUUUGAGCAUAAGUACUUUUCAAUAUAUAAUUUAAAAUUUGAAAUAAAUAGUUUAUUACAUAAGUGUACAUUCAUUACA